AUGGGCAAAACAUCGUUGAAACAAACGGGAGCCGUUCCGUUGCCCAACGAUGGUCCCAUCCACUUUGUUUGGCAGCAAAGACACAAGACUACCGGGGUAGAUGAUUCCGUCUCUAGCGACGUGCACGAAGCUGUUGCAUUUCUGCGCUCGGUGGCGACGCCAACGAGUACCGCGGAGUCUCGUUCGCCGACUUUCCGUGCCAUCGACAGCACCAGUUUGAGUUGUCUCGUACACGACUUGUGGUGUUUGAACGAUAUUCGCGAGCAGUGUCAACGACUGCGUGUCUUUCGGAGUCAUGUGCUCCAAGCCCGUCAGAAACAAAGCAGUGACGCGGGUGUUGUUAUCGCCACGCUGGAUACCCGGACUGCCAAAGCAUCGCAUCGCGUUUUGUUGGAAUGGUCCUUGGCAGUCGCUACACCCGUACCUUUGCGUCGCGCCGUACACGCGCAUUUGCGGGAGCGUACCGGUUUGUCGGACGACGCAACGUUGGACAUUGCCGGUGCCGUGUUGGAUUCCAUCCUGUCGAGCUCGUCACAAUCAACGUCUGGGCCGUCGUUGUGGUGGUGGAAAGAUCCCAUUGCAACCUUGCAAGAGUGGAUCGCCUUUAUGUCCUCCGACCCUUCUUUAGCGGUGGACUGGAACGAAACACGUCCACGUAUACUGGUGUUUCUCCUCACCUAUGCCGAUACUUGCAGUAUGCCCACUCUUGGGCGUUUCGCCUAUACGUCACCCUCCACUGAAAUGGUGGAUCAACAGUCGCAGGUCGCCAUUGCGGAAGCCGUCCGCGUCGCGGAUUUAUUUAAGGCUUUACUCCAACCUGGCGACCGAAAUUGCUACUGGGAGACACGAGACGAACCCUUUCUGGAACAAAUGCGGGACUUUUUGUGGGCUCUGCUUUCCUGUCGAGCCGUUUCCGAGCCUUCGUUGCAAAUUAUCGGCAUUGCGUACGGACGGGUUUGUGUAUGGCCCUACCAUACGAAUACGCAUACGAACACUUCCGAAAGUGUGGACCCGGACGCGUUGGUAGCCAAGCUGCAAAAAGAUUGGUCACGGCUACCAGAGUUGUCGGAUUUGGCGCGCGCCGUUGUCGUUCAAGGGUUGGCAGCGACCCUUCCCGACCAGACACUAUUUGCGCACAGGCAUGAGGACAUGGAGACGCCCAUUGAUAUGUCCACACUUAUGGAUACUUUCGGUGAUUUGGCCACCGGAGCGAUCGAUCCGGAUGUACGGUUGGCUGCUUUGAAAGGUUUUCGCACGUUGACGAGUCGCAGUCUAACCGCUCUCGCUGUAGACAAUUCAGACUCUGAUAGGUUGGCAACACGAAAUUUGAGCUUCGCGUUGGCCCAACAAUCUCUCAAAGUUGUCAUGCAGGCGUGGGAAAGCCCUCCCACCCGUCGACUCGCCAACGCUAUUCCGCCCCUCUUUGACAGUGUCGUCAACUUGCUGCGUCGACUGGAUCAAGAUUGGUCGGUUGACGCAUUGGUUGGGCGUGUACUGUCCCAACCUGCUCAUUGUAAAGGGCGCUAUAUAGCGCUGGAAGCACUCUUGCCAAUCUCCGGCGCUCAAGCCUUGGUGUUCACUGCGAGCCGCCCCGCCAACAAACACAGUAUGCUAGACGAUUUGCUCUCCGGCAUUGGGGACCACGGGCACAAUACGAAUGCUAUUGCUGAUUUGUGGGCCCGUAUCCUUCAGCAAUAUUUGCAAGAACUUUUGCUUCAGAACGGAAUACCGACUUUAUCUUCUUCAUCCCAGAGCCAACGUACCAAAGGGGCACCGGCAGUGGCAACCGUUAUGGAGAACAUGGAAACGUUGCCGUCGGUUCUGACGGCUUGGUGUGAUGCCUGGGUACCGAGCUUGACAGAGGCCCUCCUCGUACCUGAAGUCAGUCGACGCAAGCAAAUAGCUUCGUUCUGUUUACCUCGGGUUUUAAAGAUGGCUGGCAACGCUCGUCCUCGAGCCUCAUUGGCCAUUGUCCAAAUACUACAACACCUGAACGCAACCGGUCAGAAUCAUUCAACUCGACUGAACAAACCAUCAAAAGAACGUGAAACGAAGAAAGACCGCGUUUCGUGGGCCAUGUUGGAAGUGGUUCGACUAGCAGCGGUUGACCAGUUGUUGAGAGAAAAGCCUGUGGGUAGCACCUUGGCACUAGAUACGUGCGUAGCGUCACUUAUAUCCAAAAAGUGUCUCCAAUCGGCGUUGGUGCAUUUCUCGCCCUUUGUUCGUCUCGUUGCCUUUCAAGCCAUGCCGCAUGUAGUGAAAGCAACCAGCUCGUUCAAGGACGACGCAUCACGACUUGGGCAUGAAGUAUUUUUGUGGAAAGCCACGUUACCCUUUGUGGUCAAAACGAGCGACAAAGAGUACGCAUUGACUUUAGUACAGUGCUUACUUUCUUUUAUGGAUCGCUUGUCUUCUUGGGAAGCAAAAUGUGUGUUAUCCGAUGAUCCGAACGCCCCGCAAUCAACAGAAAAUUCGCAGCUACAAGUUUCAUCCUUUGCCAUUGACUUUUUGAUCAACGAUGUUCUUCUACAAAAACUUACGUAUCCGGGAUCAGUUGUCGACAAAGAGUGCUUGGCUCUCUCAUUGUUUGAAGCGUUAAUUGUCUUUUCAUGUCGAGAUCUCAAGUUUGCUCAAGAAUGUCGGCUACUACCUAAAGCCGGUGCUGCCUUCCACCGAAAGAGAAAUUUUGCGGAGGAGGCUGUAUGUGGUCGGAUACGGCGAGCUCUCUUUGGUUUUGAGGGUCUUGCCGCUUUGUUCUCGAUGCUGAGCUCCAAUUGGGAUGGCAUACGAGACGAUGCUUACACCAUUCUUAACAGUGCGCUCGCCUUGACUACUAGAUUUCACCUCUUCGUCCCAAUGGAGUUCACCUCCAACAAAGCUCGCUCAAAGUUUGAAGCUCGCGCCUUAUUUUUGGCCUCCUCUCCGAGACAGCGCGAGGCGGACGCCGGUGCUAGAAUCUUAGCAUUUCUCUUUGUUUCAUCGCUCACGAACGACCAGAGGUAUGACUAUCUCGAGCGUUUGGGCUCAAUUCUUCAAGAAAGGUUGACUCUAAUGAAAGUAAAACUACAGGACAUUCUGUCAAAUGAUACCGACUUUGUCGACGGCGCUGAGUUGCCCUUGGCCCACGGCAUUAUCCGAAGCAUUCGGCUGAUCUACGAACAUCAUCAAACACUUACCGACACUCUGCAGAAUGAGCAUGAUCGAUUGGGCACUUUGUUCCAAAACAUGAUACCAAUGUUUUGCAAAGCUCUGCAAUUGUCACUAGGCGUUGUAGCUGAUCUCCGGGAUGGCGAAGCUGUGGAUGGGAUGGAUCGUGAACUUGAAUUUGCAUCAAGCAAAGUAAACCCUGGAGCUAUUGGAGCCAACGGGAUUUUCUCGUCAGUUCAACGCCUGAGCAAAACAGAGCACUCGAGACGAUUGGCAUCGCAGCGAAUUGUGAUUGGUUCUUGGUUAUUGACCAAGGAAACCUGCGCAGCCGUAUCGAUAUUGUUGUCGUUAGGAUGUGUCAAUCCAAGCAAGGAGAGCAUGCAGCAGGUAGGAAUGCUCCUGAUAUCAACCCUUACCUCAUUGAAACACACAGGAGCUGCGUUUGCCGCCCACAAAGCUCUUCAACAAAUUUCUGUGGCUUGUUUUUCAAUCCCAAACCUCGAGACUCUUCCUAAAGAGUGGGCGUUACGACUGUUAGAUGAGCUAGCAAACUCCGAUAAAAUACGCGACUCGACUUUGCGGCGAAGCACCGGAUACGGGCUUGGAUUUUUAUCCAUAAUGCGAUCAGAAGUUGCGUGUCACUCUGCAAAUCACUCUCUGUGCUCUUUCAUUAUGAAGAAAAUAUUGUGCCUUUCACUUCCUUCAAAAAGCAUGCUGUCGUCAUUCCUUUCGUCGAUUGCUUGGUUUGAUAGAGAAAGGCCAAUACCGCUUCCUUUCAGUCUCGGGGAUGAGGUGGACGGUAUUGGAUUAUGUAAUCAGUAUACGCUUCGAUCGCGAGUCCAUGCGCUAAAUGUAUUGCGAUCGAUACUGUCGGACGCGCCUUUAGCGAAACAAGUCUUUCCAGCCGUCGGCGAUUCUAUUGUGACAGCAAUGAUGGGAUAUUCUGAUACGGAUUGGUCUGUUCGAAACUCUUCCACGAUGGUUUUCGCGGCUGUCAUGCUCCGUGCAGUAGAUGCGGACAAAAACGCAUCCAACGAAGAUGAGACAAGUAGUAGAGCUAUCACACUAGCGGAGCUCUUUCGUGUUUUUCCAUCUCUACCGGAUUUCCUAGUGUCUGUUUUGCAGGCAAGUAUUGCAGGGGAAUUGGGCGAGGCGUCGACUUCUCCUCCCGUUCUUCCUAUUCUUUUGCUUCUGGCCCGCUCUCAGCAAUUGUCAAUGUCGGGUCACGACUCCGUCUCGAUUGCUGAACCUUUCAUGCAAGUUGUGUUUCGCUGUCUUGGUCAUGCUCACUUAAGUACCCGGGAGGCGGCCGCUCGGGCUAUCGCAAACCUGUCCUCGGCAGAGAAGAAAUCGGUCACAUCUUUCCAUUGUAUUCUUCAGACUUGUAACGAUCGCCUGAAAGUCAAUUUACGGACGAUGGUAUGGAAUGACCUACACGGGACGCUGCUCUGUAUUCGUGACAUGUUGGCGCUUUGGAAGCUUAUUGUGAAAGAAAGUCUUGGGAAAGAGUUGCUUGCGUGGUUGUGGCGUUUUACGAGGGUAGAAAACAGUCAGUUUGUUGUGCCUCCCCUAUGUGUAUCGGUUGCCCUAGAAAUUUUGCACAGAGCUAACCUUACGGACAUUGAGUCCCCCCAGUUGCUGCGUGCCUGUCUCGACAUUGAAAGCAAAUUGGCACGUGAGAGGCACCAUACAAGGGGUGACACAGGUCUAUCCAAACUGGGUCUGACCGCAGGCUCAAUAGCCUGCUCUGUCGUAUCAGAGCAGCUAUGGCACUUUUCCGCCAAAUGUAGAGUACAAGUUGACGAAAGCGUUUUCUCGAAGGUUGAGACUCUUCUUCGAAGUGACUGCCCAGACGUGAAGCUAGCGAGCGUCAAAGUCUUCAAGAAGUCAAUAUACCGUGGCUUAGACUCAAUGCUGAAAUCGUCUGAUGCUCAUGAAUGCUCAACGUUUCUUAGCAGAUUGACGACAACAAUUUUAAAUGCACUGAAAGCAGAGCUCGGAAUCGGUAGCUCAAAAGCAGAGAAGAUCUUUAUUCAUCCACCAACUGUUCGUCGACUCUCCCGGUGCCUUUUGGAAAGCUUUGACGCCUAUGAUGCUUUGGCAAUGGAAGUCCCAUCAACUGUUGCUUGCUCAGUCCUAUGUGGAAUAGGAGAAAGUCUCCUUAAACUUGGGGGUUUAGAAGCCAAUCAAAAUUGGAAGUUGAUUGAUGUUACGCAACUAGCAGGGAAUGGCAUUGAGCUGCUUUCGCGAUGUACACUCUUUAAUGAUUCGUAUGAAGAUGGAUUUCCGUUCCAAGGUGUGAUUGGAUUUUUGUGCGAUCACAGACUACCAUGGCGCCUCCGAUACUCUGCCAUCACCGCGAUAGGAACGCUUUCUACGAAUUUGACGUAUCCCCCAGAUUUAUGUUCAAAGUGGACGUCUGCCUCGUUGGAGUACCUACAGGACGAAGAUCCAGACGUCCGUUACGCUGCUUCCAAAACAUUAGUAUCGCCAAUCAACUCAAAUGUCCAAAUUGCAGAUGUUGCUUUGAACGUUCUUUUUACAGGAAAAAGCAACUCUCGUAUUUUUCUACCGUGGCUCGAGAGAUGUAUUGAAAAAGUUCUGGAGAACUAUUCGAAAAUGAAUCGCCGUGUUUGCAUGCUCGCGAACGAGUUGACGCAAAGCGGGAUCAAAUCAGGAGAGAUACUGAACGUUGGGAAUGUGCGCGAAAUCUUCGAAGAGGAAAAUCCCAACUCGUAUGGCGAACAUUUGCUUUUCGUUCAGCUUGCGGUUCGCGGCACAUUGCAAGCGACUGUAGGUACUGUUGGACUCAAUCGAGGGAUCAUUGACAAAAUUUUAGCAUGUUGCAGUCAUAUGCUUUCGCAGCUGCUCCUUCAUUACACCCAGCUUCCGGAUUUGGACAUUCUUCAUGAUCCCAGCCGAUCCAGCGAUAUAUUCCCCGAGCUCCAUGCCAUCUUUCUCCUAUCUGCCACCGUAUUGACGUUCGGUGUUUUGCAAGAGUCGUCGGACAUAGUCCAAAAAGCCAAUUACUUUGCGCAGCAUUCUUCGGUUGCGCGUUUGCAACACGCGUCGCGGGCCUUGGCGCAAGCAAACAACAGCGAAGUUUCGAGACGGCAAAUCUGUUCAUGCUGCUUCUUGCUUUCGUAA